AUGGGCAUUUUCUCCAGCAAAAAUGCCCAGUAUGCAGUCGGACCAGAGUUGGCUGCUCUGCUCCCGCAAGAUGGCAUACCAUGGUACCGCAAACGGCAUCUUCUACGGCUGAAUGCUAUCCUGAUCAUACCGUGGCUGUCUGCAGCAGCCUACGGGUUUGAUGGCUCAAUGAUGAACGGCCUUCAGUCACUGACUCAAUGGCGUGAGUAUUUUGACCAUCCUGAUGCUUCGAUCCUGGGUGUCAUGAACGCCAUCUACCCUAUCGGCAAGUUCUUCGGGUUGUUCCUCACGGCCUGGUCCAACGACCGUUAUGGGUGGAAACCCCCGAUCAUUGCCGGCCUCAUCUUGUUGGUGAUCGGGGCGGCUAUCCAGGGCGCGGCGCAGCAUGUGGCCAUGUUCAUCGUUGGCCGUCUUGUUCUCGGGUUUGGAACAGCCUUUGUUGCUCAGGCAGCACCGAUCCUGGUCUCGGAACUGUCCUAUCCCACCCAUCGCGGCAAGUUCACAGCGCUCUAUUACAAUACAUAUCACCUCGGAGCAGUCAUCGCAGCUUGGUCCACUUACGGAACGUUUCGCAUCAUUUCCAACUGGUCGUGGAGGAUUCCAUCCAUCCUUCAAGGGGCCGUUCCCUUGCUGCAGCUCUGUCUUGUUCUCUUCGUCCCCGAGUCUCCCAGAUGGCUAGCGGCCAAGGGCCGAACAGCAGAGGCACGGAGAACUCUGGUCAAACACCACGCCGGAGGCGACGAGUCAUCGGCUCUAGUCACCUUUGAACUUAAGGAGAUCGAGGAAAGCAUCCGCGCUGAGAGACUGAUUAAUUUCGAGACCUCGUAUGUCGACCUCAUUCGAACCCCCGCGAACCGCAAACGAACUUUUAUCGCGGUAAUGGUUGGUUGGUAUGCCACCUGGAGCGGCGUCGCCGUCAUUGCCUAUUACCUGACUCUUGUCCUCGACACUAUCGGCAUCACGUCGGCGAGCUCUCAAACCCUGAUCAACGCCCUACUGCAGCUUUUCAACUUCUUUGCCGGCAUUACCGCCUCGACACUCGUCGAUCGCGUCGGGCGGCGCAAGUUAUGGCUGGGCGCUACGGUGGGCAUGCUGGUGUGCUAUGUCAUCUGGACAGCUCUCUCUGCCCGGUUCCAGCAAACCGAAAGCGUCUCGGUCGGCCGGGCGGUGGUCGCCUUCAUCUUCCUGUACUACUUCUGCUAUGACUUCUUCAUUCCGCUCCUGAUCUCAUACCCGAUCGAGAUCUUUCCGUACACACUGCGGGCUCGCGGCCUCGGGGCUUCCAUGGCAACAAACCAGGUCGCCUUGAUCGUGGCGCAGUUUGUCAACCCGCGCGGACUCACCAACAUUGGCUGGAAAUACUACAUCGUCUUCUGCGUUCUCUUGGUCGUCCUGCUAGUCAUCGAGUACUUCUUCUUCCCCGAAACGAACAAGCGGACACUGGAAGAGAUCGCCGAGAUCUUCGAGGGGCCUCGUCCGGAAGGAAACGUGGCGGCGGCCGCUAUUGACGAGGUCGCCAUGGCCAAAGGGAGAAUCGCCGUCGAAGUGGAAAUGACAGGACAGGAGGAGACCAACACAGUGAGGACGAAGUAG